CUUCUUCCUCCUCCUCAUCUUUCCCCUUUCUCUUUCUCUUUCUCCCUCACUCACUCUGUGUCUGCAAAUUGUUGAUGUGAUUCUCUCCACUACCAGCUAGCUAAGUAUUAUCUCCAAAAAAAACCCCAUCAACCUUUACAAAAGAGAUAAAAGAAUUAAAGGGCGCCACAAGACUACAAGAUAUAGAUCAUCACCAUGGUUUUUUCCUCCAUUCCGGCUUAUCUUGAUCCGGCCAACUGGCAGCAGCAACCAAGUCCUCAUCAUCAUCAUCACCAUCACUUAUUAUCCGGAAGCAACAGCAAUAACAACAUCAACAACAACUCUCAGCUUCAUCCUCUUCCACCUCCCCCGCCACCACCGCCUUCAAACCCUGGCGGUGGUGGCAGUGGGCCUGGAGGUGCGGGUUCGAUCAGGCCAGGUUCCAUGGCUGAUCGAGCCCGCAUGGCUAACAUCCCCUUGCCUGAGCCGGCACUCAAAUGCCCGCGCUGCGACUCCACCAACACUAAGUUCUGCUACUUCAACAACUACAGCCUCACGCAGCCUCGCCAUUUCUGCAAAACUUGCCGACGCUACUGGACACGUGGUGGCGCGCUGAGAAACGUUCCAGUCGGAGGCGGCUGCAGGAGAAACAAAAGGAGCAGCAAAGGAGGAGGAAGUAGCAGGUCUAAAUCUCCGGUUAGCAGCUCUGACCGCCCCACCGGUUCGGCAAGCUCAUCUGGUCAAGCAAUUCCAUCCAAUAGUUCAGCUGGAACUGUCGAUAUGAUAGCAGCUGGGUUAAGCCCUCAAAUCCCACCACUGCGUUUCAUCAACCCUUUCGCUGACCACCACUUCGGCGCCAGCGAGAAUCUCGGCAUGAACUACGGCCUGAGCUACGGCGGUGGAGUAGGGGACUUGGGUUUUCAGAUAGGGAGCGGUUUAGGUGGAGGAAUUACUAGCACUCCUACCGGGUCGCUUUUCGAGCAGCAAUGGAGGUUUCAACAGCAAACUCCCUCGUUUCCUUUCUUGAGUGGAGGUUUGGAUUCUGCUCCUGGUUUAUUUGAGGGUAGUGGAGUUGAGUUUUCAGGUUAUAAUCCGGUGCGGCCGAGGCUACUAUCAUCCGGUAGCAGUGUUGGGGUUUCUUCGCAAAUAGCUUCGGUGAAGACGGAAGAUCCUCACAAUCAGAAUCAUCAGCAACAAGAGAUGAACCUGUCGAGGCAGCUUUCGGGGAUCCAAGGAGGGAAUGACAGUCAGUACUGGAUUAACGGCGCCGGUGGGAAUGCGAAUGGUACUUCAACAACUGCGUGGACUGAUCUUUCUGGGUUCAGCUCUACUUCCACUGCCACCAAUCAUCCUCUAUAAAUUUUAGUUUGAGGUUUUUUCCUUGUGUGUUGCAGCUUCAAUUAGCUCUAGGAAUUAACUCUAAACAAAUUACUGGUACUUCCACAUCCGACUCGUUGAAAGAGUACGACGAAAUGUGAGAAUGGGGGGAUAUGGGUUUAAUUUGUUCAUCUUCAUGAUCAAGUAGAAACCCUAGAAAUGGUAGGUUUUUCAAUGAUUUUAAUUUGCUUCUUCGCUUCUAGUGAACUUAGUUUACUUUUCUUUCAAAAUUUAAUUUUAGAAGGCCUUGUAUGAGCUUAAUUAGCUAGCAUGUUUGCAAUACUAGUGAGUGUAUGCGUUUAUGGAAUUCGAUUUGAAUGAGAAUAUCAUAUCAAAUGUUUAAC